GAUGACUUUUGGGAAGGACAUAACCUAGCUUUCUGCACAAUGAAGGAACGUCAUUUUUUCCACGGGUGGUGACUUCUGUCGGGAAUGUAUUAAAGCAAGCAAGGAGAGCAACAUGGCUUGCCAGGCUAGGACUAUGCUCCGAAGGCCUUUGAAAUCCAGCAAGUAAGGACUGCUUUGAUUCUGUUUUGCUGAUGUUUCCAUAGCUGAUUUUACAGAUUUUGCAAAGAAAGAACCCAUUCUCCAGCAAUUUAAACUGUCUCCAUUCCAUGCAGAGAUGCUGGCAGAAAGCUUUCUCACUGGCUUUGCCUACACAGCGGAGUUGCCCAAAUCUCACUGCUGUGUGGGAGCAACAACCACAGGAGGGGUAUCCUGGAAAGAUCAGUUGAUAGACGAUCGAGACAUCUAUACAGAAUCUAAGCGGGUGGCUACUGAAAAGUUGGUGGCGACGUAUUGUGAGAUGGAAGUGGAUCAAGAUGCUAGUCGGCAGAAUUUGAUUAAAAACCCACCACUUACUAAUGGAUCUAACCAUCUCCCUCUUUCAGCUCCCCAGCCUAUAGCCAGGAGAGAGCAGCACUGUGAAAAAGAACUGGAUUUGUACAGAUCUUGGUCCUGCCAAAGCCUUUAUCAGAAUUAUCCCGAUCUCCGUAUUAGAGGCGACCACAUCGCUGACCAUACUUGUGAUUCAGGUUGCAUCAUAGACCAGAGUUACAAUGAGCUACCUGCAGGCCCUGUUCUGUUGUCUAAAGAUAUCCCAUUAGGUUAUUCCUCUGUGAAUGAAUCCCUGCAGAAAUCCAGGGUGAUAAAGUUCUGGCGUGGAGAGGAGACGGGAGAAAAAAGCCUGGCUCUCCAUAAGGAGCCCCUGUCCAAUUCGAUUCUCAACAACUACAUGGAGACAAAGGUCCAGGAAUUCUAUAAGCAGUUUUUGGAAGAGAAGCUGACCAGGUGCAAUUCCCUCAACCACUUUGUGACGUCAAAUUUGCUGAUGAGUAACAUCAGUGAGCUGCCCCCCGAACAACACAACGAAGCGUCCAAGGCUCUCUUGCAAUCCUUAGCCCUGUUCGGUUUGCAAAACCCUGGCGGUGGAAACAGCGAUGAAUUCAGCACUCCAAAUUUACAAAUCUCGGCUCUGCUUUGCAAAAAGAAAUCCGCUCCUGUACAAUCUGCUUCAUAACGGAAAAGGACUGGUCCUUAUAAAAGAUGAGUUGAAGCAGAAUAUCUUUAGCGAAUGUACUGGUGCGUUCCUCUUUAAGGUGCCGAAAACAUUUUCUACCAAGCCAAUGACAGAUUCACAAUAGCACUGCCAUUUGGAUAGUUGGUUGCAAACCUUCAGCUCUUGUGCCUUGAUCAUCACAAGGCUAUUUUGCAAUAAAUGCAAAUAUUAGACACUAGUAAUGUUUUCGAGUCAAAAGCAUUCAACUUCUUCUUAGCAUGUGAAUGUCUGCUUAAAGCUCACUGCAAAAGUGUCAAUUAAACAUUUGAUUUCCGUUGUUCA